AUGCCAACCUCACACGACACAGCAAUCCACUGCAAUGACAUCUUCAAACCCUUACCUGGCCAAGAGAAACCCAUCAGGACUGUGCUUACAAAGGGCAUCGCUGGUAUCGGAAAAACUGUCUCUGUGCAGAAAUUCAUCGUAGACUGGGCUGAGGGCAAGGAAAACCGAGAUGUGGAUGUUAUAUUUGUGCUUCCUUUCAGGGAGCUAAACUUGAUCAGAGAUCAACAGUACAGUUUGCUCAGACUUCUGAAUGACUUCAACACAGAUCUAGACAAACACAGCAUGAAGAAACUUGUUGCCUGUAAAUCAAUGUUUAUCUUUGAUGGUCUGGAUGAAAGCAGACUUCCAUUGGAUUUUCACUGUAACAAAGCCAUAUCUGAUGUAACACAGAUAUCAUCUGUAGAUGUUCUGAUGACAAACCUCAUCAAGGGAAAUCUGCUUCAUUCUGCUCUCCUCUGGAUAACUACCAGACCUGCAGCAGCCAAUCAGAUCCCUUCAGGGUGUGUUGACCUGGUGACAGAGGUGAGAGGGUUCAAUGACCCACAGAAAGAGGAGUACUUCAGGAAGAGAUUCAGUGAUGAGGACCUGGCCAGCAGAAUCAUCUCACACAUAAAGACAUCAAGGAGCCUCCACAUCAUGUGUCACAUACCAGUCUUCUGUUGGAUUUUGGCUGUAGUCCUUGAGCACAUGUUGACUACAGAUAAGAGAGGAGAGAUGCCCAAGACUCUGACUGAGAUGUUCACACACUUCCUGUUAAUUCAGACCAGCCACAAGAACCAGAAGUAUCAUGAAAGAGAUGAGAUGGAAGCGGAGCUGAUGGAGUCAGAUAAGGAUGUUCUUCUCAAGCUGGGGAAGCUGGCGUUUGAACAUCUGGAGAAGGGCAAUCUCAUGUUCUAUGAAGAAGACCUGAAAGAGUGUGGCAUCGAUGUUCGAGAGGCAUCAGUGUACUCAGGAAUGUGCACAGAAAUCUUCAAAGAAGAGUCAGUGUUAUUUCAGAGAGUGGUGUACUGCUUUGUGCAUCUGAGCAUUCAGGAGUUCCUCUCAGCUGUCUACAUGUACCAUUGUUUCACAACCCAGAACAUGGAUGCACUGAAACCCUUCCUUAAGAGAAAGACUAAAACUUCAUCUGAAAAUCUAACCUUACAUGAGCUGCUGAAGAGUACCGUGGAUAAAGCCUUGAAGAGCAAGAAUGGACACCUGGAUCUUUUUGUUCGUUUCCUUCAUGGCCUCUCAUUGGAGUCUAAUCAGAAACUCCUACGAGGUCUGGUAACACAGACAGAAAGCAGUCCAGAGAGCGUCCAGAAAAUCGUCAGAUCCCUAAAGGUGAUGCAGAAGAAGAACAUCUCCCCUGAGAGGUGCAUCAAUCUCUUCCACUGUCUGAUAGAGAUGAAAGACCAUUCAGUACAGGAGGUCUCACACUUGCAGUGUUCAGCCCUGGCCUUCAUGCUGCAGAUAUCAGAGCAAGUUAUGGAUGAGUUUGAUUUGAAGAAGUACAAGACAUCACAGGAGGGUCGUAGGAGACUGAUCCCAGCUGUCAGAGGAUGCAGAAAGGCUCUACUCGCUGGCUGUAAACUCACAGCAGAAGUGUGUGAAGUGAUAUCAUCAGCUCUCAGGUCAAACCCCUCCCACCUGACAGUGGUGGAUCUGAGUGACAAUGAACUGAUGGAUUCAGGAGUGAAGAUGCUCUCUGCUGGACUGGGGCAUCCACACUGUCAACUGGAGACUCUGAGGCUGUCAAGCUGUCUGAUCACAGAGGAAGGCUGUGCUUCUCUGGUCUCAGCUCUGAAGUCAAACCCCUCACACCAUGAACUGGAUCUGAGUAACAAUGACCUGAAGGAUACGGGAGUGGAGAAGCUCUCUGCUCUGCUGAAGGACCCACAAUGUAGACUGGAGACUCUGAGACUGUCAGGUUGUGGAAUCACUGAGGAAGGCUGUGCUUCUCUGGUCUCAGCUCUGAAGUCAAACCCCUCACACCUGAAAGAACUGGAUCUGAGUAACAAUGACCUGAAGGAUACGGGAGUGGAGAAGCUCUCUGCUCUGCUAAAGGAUCCACAAUGUAGACUGGAGACUUUGAAACUGUCAGUUUGUAGAAUCACUGAGAAAGGCUGUGCUUCUCUGGUCUCAGCUCUGAAGUCAAACCCCUCACACCUGAAAGAACUGGAUCUGAGUAACAAUGACCUGAAGGAUACGGGAGUGGAGAAGCUCUCUGCUCUGCUGAAGGACCCACAAUGUAGACUGGAGACUCUGAGGCUGUCAGGCUGUCUGGUCACAAAGGAAGGCUGUGCUUCUCUGGUCUCAGCUCUGAAGUCAAACCCCUCACAUCUGAAAGAACUGGAUCUGAGCUACAAUCACCCAGGAGACUUGGGAGUCACACUGCUCUCUGCUGGACUGGAGGAUCCACACUGGAGACUGGAGAAACUCAAUAUGGAUCAUGGUGGAGAAUGGUGGUUGGAAUCAGGACUGAAGAAAUAUGUCUGUGAUCUCACACUGGACCUAAACACAGUAAACAGAAACCUCUCUCUGUCUGAGGAGAACAGAAAGGUGACAAGGAGGAGAGGAGAGGAGCAGCUGUAUCCUGAUCACCCAGAGAGAUUUGACCACUGGUCACAGGUGUUGUGUAGAGAGGGUCUGUCUGGACGCUGUUACUGGGAGGUAGAGUGGAGUGGGAAAGGGGCUGGGAUAGGAGUGACAUAUAAAGGAAUCAACAGGAGAGGAGGUGGUGACUGUUGUCUUGGAUACAAUGACAAGUCCUGGAGUCUGGACUGUUAUUAUGACUGUUACUCUGUCUGUCACAAUAAUAAGACAACAGACAUACCUGUCACCUCCUCAGACUCCCACAGAGUAGGAGUGUAUCUGGACUGGCCAGCCGGCACUCUGUCCUUCUACAGGGUCUCCUCUGACACACUGACCCACCUGUACACAUUCAACACCACAUUCACUGAGCCCCUCUAUCCAGGGUUUAGGGUUUAUUCUGACUCCUCAGUGUCU